AUGGAGGUUGACAAGGAACAACAUGAGGAUAUCCCUGGCUAUAAUACAGAAUAUGAGCUAGAUGAUGGAAACCAAGAAUAUGAUUCGCAUACAGAGAAUGGUGAAAAUAAAGACAUUCACUACAAUAGCCAAUCAGAUUCGGAAGAAGAAAUCCAUAAAACAGUUCCUACAAAAUCAGAUAGGAAGAGGGGCAUGACUCGAUUGCCAAAACUAAAGACUGAAUAUGUCAAUUCUGGUGGGAAAAAAACGUGUCAGGUGGGAUUAAGUGCUCUUUGCUGGAAAAAAGUUAAACCGGAAAUGAAGGACAAACUAUGGGAAGCGAUAACACGCUAUUUUGAUGUUCAUGAAAGUGGAAAACAAUUUGUGAUUAAUAGACUUGGUAUUCUUCUACGGAAUUUCAAAAGAAAGUUGUAUGCAGAUUACAUCAAACCACAUCUAGGCGAUACAAAUAUGCUUGAAAAAAUCCCAGUUCGUUAUCGUGCACUAAUCACUGAACAAGAUGAUUGGAACAAAUUUGUGACUUAUACACAAUCUCAAGAGUUUAAUAAUAUGUCACAAAGGACUAUCAAAGCGAGAAAGAUGUCAAAGUAUGAUCAUCAGAUGGGACGAGGGGGGUAUACAACUCUUAGGAGGAAGUUGGAGGAAAUUCCCCUAAGGUCAGUUAUGUGGUGUAAAGGGCGUGAAAGUAAAGGAGAAUGUAAGGAUGAAGAUGUUAAAAUCAUGGCUGAUAAGCUAAUGGAACAUGAGAAGCAAAUAAAAGAAGGACAAGUAAAUGUUGAACCAGGAAUGGAUGCCGUGACCUUAGUUUUUGGCAAGGAAAAGGAUGGAUUUUUAAAGGGUGUCGACACGGGAGUCACUUACAACAGAUAUUUCAAUGUUCCUCGCAGCAAAUGGUAUCCCAUGUUAGUGGUAGAGAAAUAUGGUGCUCAUGUGACACCCACCACAUAUUUUAUUUGUGGUGUGUAUAACAAAUGA